AUGUGUGGAAUAUUUGGAUACUGCAGCUACAGCAAGCCGGCAAAAAAAAAGGAAAUUCUUCAAAUGCUAACAGCAGGGCUCAAGAGGCUGGAGUACAGAGGAUACGACUCAGCCGGAGUGGCCAUUCAAGUAGACAAAGAGUAUUUAUCUUUUAAAAAACUAGGAAAAGUUCAGUCACUGGUGGACCAUAUAAACCAGGCAGGAAAAAGCAUCGAAGAAAAAAGCUCGCCCUCCAACGUGGGAAUAUCGCACACAAGAUGGGCAACCCACGGCGAGCCUUCUGAAACCAACUGCCACCCAAUUCCUUCGCAGGACAACGAGUUUUUCGUAGUGCACAACGGAAUAAUAAACAACUACAAAACCUUAAAAGAAAUUCUCCAGGGACACGGGCAAACCUUCAAAACAGAAACAGACACAGAAAGCAUCGCACAGCUUCUUCUAUUCAUCUACAAAAAGUGCAUGGCAAGAGGCAUCUCCAUGUCAUUUGGAGAGCUGGUGAAUGAAGCUGUGCACCAUCUAGACGGAGCAUUCGCAUUCCUGGUGGUAAGCAAGUACUUCCCCAACGAAGUUGUUGCAGCUCGUAGGGGGAGCCCUUUGCUCAUAGGUGUGCGCGGCUCAUCGAUAGUCCAGCAGGACUCUAUCGACGUGGUUCCCUGCAAAGAGCCAUCUAUCUCCAUAAAUACUCCUGUGGGCACGCCUAGGCCCAGCUCAAAUGCAGGAGAGCUGUCAAGAUCAGUGAGCAGGGUUUUUGUGCUGGAAAAUGGGAAUAGCAGCGACAGCACAAGCAACUCGCUCGAAGUGUUCUUUAGCUCUGACUCGGCUGCCAUUGUUGAGCACACAAAGACAAUUCUUACUUUGGAGAAUGGAGACAUAGCACAUGCCACAGCCAAGGGCCUGGAAAUAACCAAAAUAGCCCCAGGAGGCCAGUCAUUUAGGCCGCUAGAGGAAGUGACAGGAACUCUGUGCGAUAUAAUGAAGGGGAAUUACCCGCAUUUUAUGAUCAAAGAGAUACACGAACAGAAAGACUCAGUGGUAAAUACAAUGAGAGGGCGCGUGAACUUCGAAGAGUCAACUGUGAAGCUGGGGGGAAUGAGCGAGUGGAUCGACACCCUGCGGAAGGCUUCUCGUUUUAUUUUCAUAGCAUGCGGCACUAGCUCCUAUGCCUCUCUGCAGAUGCGAGGACUAUUUGAAGAGCUCACAGGAAUCCCUUCGUCCAUCGAGAUAGCAAGCGACUUUAACGAUCGCAUGCCUCCUAUUUCGAGGUCUGACUGCUGCAUAUUUGUUAGUCAGAGCGGAGAAACUGCUGACUCGCUCAUCUCUCUGCGGUACAUCAAGGAAAGAGGCGCGCUGAGUGUGGGAAUUACUAACGUGGUAGGAAGCACCAUUUCCAGAGAAACAGACUGCGGUAUCCACAUAAACGCAGGGCCAGAGAUAGGAGUGGCGAGCACCAAGGCAUACACCAGCCAGUCAGUGGCGCUGACUCUGUUGGCCCUGCAGAUAGGCCAGUGGAACACAGACACCCUGGAGAGAAGGAAAGAGAUCAUCAAGGAUCUGAAGAAUCUUUCAACAUCGAUCGAGUCUGUGCUGAAGGACGAGGAAGGACUCAAAAAAAUAGCUGAAGAGCUUUUAAAGCCAGAGCACAGCAUUCUUUUGCUGGGCCGUGGGUACCAAUUGGCUACGUGUCUGGAGGGCGCCCUGAAGAUCAAAGAGAUAACAUACAUCCACAGCGAAGGAAUAGCAGCAGGGGAGCUAAAGCACGGGCCCCUCGCGCUGGUUGAUGGGAACAAGAGAAUUAUUAUGAUUCUAACCGAUCCAUCAGACGGGAAGUCCCAGAACUCGUACGAACAAGUUAUUUCCAGAGGAGGUAAGCCCAUCACGAUAUGCACAGAGCGCACAGCCAAACAGCUUGGGAAUGCUCUGAAGAUCAUCGUGCCAGAGGUGUCAGAUUGCGUGCAGGGAAUUGUAAAUGUGGUUGUGCUGCAGAUACUGGCUUACUACACCGCAGCGAGCCUAGGAAUAAAUGUAGACCAGCCAAGAAACUUAGCUAAGUCUGUAACAGUUGAAUAA